AUGAGUGUGGAUCAGUUGAUCGAUCAAAGUUCUCGCGACUUUGAGCAAGUUCGAAGUUUGUUCGCCUCCCAACGACUGGUGCUGAGUGGUCGCGCUGAGCCGGGUAUGUCAAUUUUUUCGAGAUAUUUUGGGAUUUUAGAGUUUUAUUUGAGUUUCUUUAUUGGAUCACGUGAUUUGCUGCCUAAUCGCUGUUGUUUUGUUUGUCAAAAGGUGAAUCACAACGUCUAUUUUUGAAAAAUUAUGGAUAAUAUGGACGUUUUGCUUUGUUUACAUUGGAAAUGAGGAUUUAUUUUGGGAGAAAUUUUUGAAAUAGAAAGUUUUAGGGUUUUGAAUUUAAAAUCGGGCUUUAUUUUUGCUAUUAUUUGUUUUUUAGACUAGACAGCUGAUUGGCUCAUUUUUGAAGUGUUACCUAAAAUUUUUUAAUUUGUGUCAAUAUUAAUGAAUAUUCUUACAUUUUAUCAUUUAAACUAAACAUUAUUUAUCAUUUUAAAUAAGAAAUGAGGAUAUUUUGUCUGAGGAACAACUUAUUUUACGUUGCUCUUCAAUCUCGCUCAAAAUAAUUACCUAAAAUUUUUAGGUAAUGUUCCGAAGAGCGCAUCGAAUGGAUUGAGAGGUGUUUCAAAAAAAGUGUCACCAUCGUUGCCUCGAAGGCCGUCGGAUCUGCCGCCGUUGCCAAGAAAGCCAGUGUUACCUAAAAAACCGUCGUUGCCUUCUAAAGCUGACUUUUCAUUGUUGGAUUCUGGAGAUCGGAAGUCUGGGGAUAAAAACCUUGGAGGUGGUGGCUUGAAUUCAAGUCCUGGAGUUGUUAAAAGUCAGAUUCAAAAUUCUACGGCUUCAGAAGGCCGGAUUCAGGAUUUGACGUCGUCACGAUCUGGUUGUCAGGAUUCUACUGCUUCAGAAGCCAGAACUUUUUAUUCUCCAGCUUCAAAAGGGCAGAUUCAAGAUUCUACAGCUUCAGAAGGUCACCAGCAAUCAUCUGUACCAUUAAACGGUCGUGUUUUACCUGUACCAUCAAAAGCUCAAAGUGUACCAUCGUUACCACCUUCAUUACCGUCAAAGCCUUCAGAAUCUUUGGUCAAAUCAACAUCGUCAAAACUGGGGAUUUAUCUGAAUUCAUCAGUCAGAUCUGUGGCCAAGAAACUUGACAGUCAGUUGAGGUAGGAUAUAAUAAUAUGACAUAUUACUAUAUUAUAUUAGGUAACAAGUUAGGUUGUAAUAUAUAGCCAAAAUAAGUUAGAACACAGUGGAAGAUAAGUUGGAGCAUAGUGUGAAUAUACUUCCAAAUACCAACUGUUUUAAUCUUCCAAAAACUGCGUUUUUGGAGGUAGCUCACCAUGUAUAAUAUCGUCUGGGUGCUCUAUUUGUUUUGCGAUUUACUUCGACGAGUUUCGGACGUUUAAGGGCGCUUAUUUUUUGUUAUGUUUUCACUUUUCAUAACUGUACACAGGGCGGUAAAAGUACAAUAUAACGAUUUUUUGGUUGGGGGUGGUGGGAGGGGGGGGUAGAGAUUUGUUUGUGUGGGAGCGGAGGAGGGUAAAACUUUUUUUUGGUUAUUAGUGGGUUUUAAGUGAACAGAGAGCAAGUUAAAUUUUUAAAAAAGUUCUGACAGUAAGCGGGCGGGGUAAAUUUACGGAUUGGCUUUGCGGGGUGGAUCCACUCGCUCCUGCCAAAACCCUAACUAGUUUGGCUUUACUGCCACUUUUACUUCAAGUAGAUGGUACUAUUGGUAAUUAUGAAAGGAUUAACUCAAUUUUAAUCAAAAAAUCGGGGUUCGUUCCUGAUUUCAAACGAGCAUAAAUUAUGUUUGACGCUGUCACGAGAAGAGGUGAUAAAGUAAAUACAAUUGUAUGCACAAAACGAACGAAUAUUAGGUGUUUUUUGGGAAAAAAUAUUUGAUUUUCGCAUGCGAAUAUUGAUUUGCUGCCAAUUUUUAAAAUGCUUGAAGAGUGGUACAUUAAACUGCUGGAUUUCUUAAGGUAAAUUUGUUUUUUUUAGGUAAUACAGAUGAUAAGGUUUUGAUUAAAAAUGAAUUUUGAUUAGGCUUCAGCUUAUUAUUGAUGUGUAGGUUUAGGCUUAGGCUUAUUAGGCUUAGGCUUAGUUGGUUUAGGCUUAGUAGAGUUAGGCUUAGUAGGCUUAGGUUUAGCAGGCUGAUGCUUAGUAGGCUUAGUCUUAGUAAGCUUAGGCUUAGUAGGCUUAGGCUUAGAAGGCUUAGGCUUAGCAGGCAUAGUCUUAGUAAGCAUGGGCUUAGUUGGCUUAGGAUUAGUAGGCUUAGGCUUAGUAGGCUUUUGUUUAGUAGGCUUAGGAUUUGUAGAAUUAGGCUUAGUAGGCUUAGGCUUAUUAGGCUUAGGCUUAGUAGGCUUAGGCUUAGUAGGCUUAGGUUUAGUAGGCUUAGGCUUAGUAGGCUUAGGCUUAGUAGGCUUAGCAGGCUUAGGCUUAGUAGGCUUACGCUCCGUAGACUUAGACUUAUGCUUAGUAGGCAUCGUCUUUGGAGGCUUAGUAGACUUAUACUUUGUAUGGUUAGGCCUUGAAAAUAAAAUUCUAUGAACUUUUAGACUAAAGAAUUAAAUUUAAAAAGUUUGUUUUGAAUUAAAAAAUGAUCAACGUCAUAAAUCUUGACCUCGUCAUGUUAGCAGCCUAUUUUUCAAUCAUUUUUAUUUUCACGUUCAAGCUCGAACUGAAGGGAGCCAUUUCCCAUCACUUUCAAUCAAAACCUAUCAAAAACAUAUUUCUUCUUUGACUUUUUUGCUUUUUCAGCCAUCUCACUGGUAAUAUGUUACCUUCGAUCUUGGUCGAGAACGGCGAAAGUGGCCCUAAUUUGAGUAUGGUACAUAAUAUUACUAGUGGUGGUAAUGUAGAUGGUGAACGUGGUACUGAUGGUAGUACUAAAGAUGGACUAAAUGGCACUAGUUCAUCGAAAAAUGAGGCAGAUACAACGGAAGAUAUUGUUGUAAAUGACAAAACACCAGAUAGUGUACCAAAUUUACCAUCUUUAUCGGUCGCUGAUACAACCAAGGAUUUAGAAGAUUCAGAAUCUGAUUACGAAGAAGUUUUCGAAGAGUUUCCAUCAAGGAAAAACAGUGUUACAGGCAGAACAAAACAGCUACAUUCGAGUAUUAUGGAGGAAAUGAAGACCAAAGGAAUCUUGAGGAAGUUGUCUACUGUACAGUAAGUUUUUGGGGUUUUUGAAAGUUUUUGGGGACCUUGUUAAUAGGUUUUGUAGAACAUUCAAUUUUGUGUAUUUACUGAAAAUUUGGUGGGUAUAUGGAUAGUUCUGGCAGAGAUAUGAGUGUUUGAAAAUGUCGAAAAUUCAAAAAAGUUCGAAUUUGGUUGGAUUUUGGUGACAUUUUUUAUCAUAACUUUUUCGAAAAUGUAGCUACAAACUAAAAACUUUGUCGAACUGUGGCUUUUUAUAGUAGUCAAAUACCGAAAUAAAAAAAUAUUUCAAUUUUUAAAAUUUUCUUGAAUUUUUAGAAUAAAAUGUUCACAUUUACUAAACUUAUGCCAAUUUCAAAUUUUAUGGCUUACUAAACGCAUUUUUAACAUAAAUUCAUGCCCAACCCAUUUUCAGGCCGAUAUUGUCUCCAGAUGUUGGUCGAAUGCGGCCGCAAAGCUCGAAAAUCAACCGAACGGCCCAGAAUUGGUGCAAAAGUGAACCACCAGUACCAUUGAAGACGGAAUCAUUCGACGGAGGCAAAGAUCGGAGACUAACACAACAAUUUUUGAGUGUCACUAGUAAAAGUAGGAUUGGGUAGGUCUUUGAAUGUCACUAGUAAAAAUAGGAUUGGGUAAGUUUUUGAGUGUCAUUAGUAAAAAUAGGAUGGAUAGUUUUAAUUAUGAAAUGUGUUUUUAGCUGUCCAUCAAUACUGGAGUCAUCUCCAAGUACGUCGACUUUGUCAGAAGAUGUCGAUCUGGAGAUAUUCGAAUACAAUGUUGAAGGUGAAAAAGAGGUAAUAUAUUUGAAUUAUCGUUAGGGAAAAGUGUAAUUCUACGAACUUUUGGACCGAAAAAUGAAAUUCUAAGAACCUUUGGACAAAAAAAUUAUAUUUUGAAAUUUAAUACCUAAAGGUCUAAUUUUGAUAAUUUUUCUGACUGAAAUUGCAAUUCUAAGAACCUUUGGACCUGAAAAUGAAAUUAUACGAAAUUUCGAACUAAAAAAUGAAAUUUUAUUCCUAAAGAUCUAAUUUUUAAAAAUUUUUGGGUUAAAAAUGCAAUUCUAUGGACUUUUUGACCGAAAAGUGAAUUUCUAAGAACUUUAGAUCCAAAAAAUGAAAUUUUGAACUUUUAUACCUAAAGAUCUAAUUUUGAUAACUUUUCGGGCUAAAAAUGCAAUUCUACAAACUUUUGGACCGAAAAAUGAAUUUCUGAGAACUAUUGGACCAGAAAAUCAUUUUUUUUAUUUUAAAUUUUUUUGAAAUUUUUUAAAAUUUUAGCGACACCGCCUAAAAGACCUACACGGACUGAUUCACGAAUUCUACAAAAUGCAAAAGAACUACGUCGAGUUACUACGCAACAUUGCCGUUUAUUUUCCAAAUUACAUCGACGGAUUUAUUCGAAGAACGAAUCGACAAGCCUUGACACCGCCGACCGAUGGUCGACCACACGUUUUGGAGCGGCUGGCUCGACAUCUGAAUUUGAUCUUGAAUGUUCACCAAGUGUUUUUGACAGAGUUUGGGCAGAAGUAUCAGAAAUGGUAGGAAAUUAGUGUUUUAAAAUUUAAUUAGGACUGGGCGGGUCUUUUUGUUGUCUGGGAGUGGUAAUUUUUUUAAUUUUUGGGAGGGGGUGGGGGGACAUUGUCGUUAAUAUUUCUUUUGGGAUUGAGGCUUGCCUUUUUUUACUUUUACUGCUAUUAGGUUGUUCUAAUAAUUCUCCGCUCUCAGAGCGAAUUUUUAAGGUUAGGGAGCGCAAAAUUAUUUGAACAACAAUACUUUUGACUUUACUAUCUGAUCUCCAAUCUACAUUUCCCCCCCCCCCUAAGAUGAAGAACUUAAUAAUGUCAUAAACAACCUUUUCAGGGACUCCAGAUACCCAGACUUUGCUUCCGUUUUCCUGAAACUAGCCGACUACCUCAAGAUCUGUAGCGAGUUUCUAAAAGAAAAACAGUCGAUUUGCGAGGAACUUACCAAAGCCCUGGAAGACAACCGCGACCUCGCCCAUGUGACAAAACUUUUUGAAGAUGAAGUACUGAAUGCUCAGAACAAUGCCGACCAGUUCAGUUCAAACCCAUCCUUAAACUCAUUCACACCUCGAGGCAUAUCACUGGUUAUGCAUCUGGAUGGGGUACAUCAGAAUGUGGUACGAUACAAUUUGCUCAUGGAACGGUACAAAAAGUUGUUGCCGGACGAUAUCGAGGAGUAUCAGGUGGCUGAUAGUAAGUUGUUUGCGGGCGGUUUUGAGGGUAGAAGCUUGGUUUUAGGAGGUGGUGUUGAAGAACAUUUUGGUCUAGGGUGUGGUAUUGAAGAAAAUUGGAAUAUUGGGGGUGGUAUUGAAGAACAAUGGGAUCUUGGGGGUGGUAUUGAAGAACAUUUUGGUCUAGGGGGUGGUAUUGAAGAACAUUGGUAUAUUGGGGGUGGUAUUGAAGAACAAUGGGAUCUUGGGGGUGGUAUUGAAGAACAUUUUGGUCUAGGGGGUGGUAUUGAAGAACAUUGGUAUAUUGGGGGUGGUAUUGAAGAACAAUGGGAUCUUGGGGGUGGUAUUGAAGAACAUUGGUAUAUUGGGGGUGGUAUUGAAGAACAAUGGGAUCUUGGGGGUGGUAUUGAAGAACAUUUUGGUCUAGGGGGUGGUAUUGAAGAACAUUGGUAUAUUGGGGGUGGUAUUGAAGAACAAUGGGAUCUUGGGGGUGGUAUUGAAGAACAUUUUGGUCUAGGGGGUGGUAUUGAAGAACAUUGGUAUAUUGGGGGUGGUAUUGAAGAACAAUGGGAUCUUGGGGGUGGUAUUGAAGAACAUUUUGGUCUAGGGGGUGGUAUUGAAGAACAUUGAGGUCUUGGGGGUGGUAUUGAAGAACAAUGGGAUCUUGGGGGUGGUAUUGAAGAACAUUUUGGUCUAGGGGUGGUUUUGAAGAACAUUUUGGUCUAGGGGGUGGUAUUGAAGAACAUUGAGGUCUUGGGGGUGGUAUUGAAGAACAUUGGGGACUAGAGGGUGGUAUGGCUGAAAAGUACUGGUUUCAGGGGGGGGUGUGGCUAGUGUGGUAAGAAUAACAAAUUUAUUUCAUUUUUUCAGAAGCCCUAACUAAACUGAAGUCAAUUUCCGAAGCCAUAAACGUCCGCUUGGCCGAUGCAGAUUCGAAUCGAAAAAUGAUGGAUCUUCAUCGCAAAUUACAAGGCUGUUUUGACGUUUUUGCUCCAGGGAGACGGCUGGUUUACGAAAGUCGACUAAUGAAACAAAGCCGAAGGGAACUUCAGGAACGGCAUUUGGUUUUGGUAAGGAUUUGUGCUAAAACUUUGUUUACAAAACGGAAAAUGGCAAUAACUUUCUUUACUAAACAAAAAAUGGCAAUAACUUUUUUUACAAAACCAAAAAUGGCAAAAUCCUCCUUCAUGAAACAAAGUAGCAAGAACUUUCUUUACUAACCUAAAAAUGCCAAAAACUUUCUUUACAAAACAAGAAAUCGCAAUAAUUUUCUUUACAAAGCCCAUUUUCAGUUCACGGACUACCUCCUGAUCUGUCGCUACUCUCUGGGAUCAGAUUACUUUGACACUCAGCGAAUUUACCGCAUCCCGGUGGAACAGCUCCGAAUUCACGUCGAAGAUCACGCCGACUACGACCGUGAAUUCGCCGUGAUCAAUCCGAAAAAGUCGCACGUUUUCAUAUGCAAAUCGCGGAACGAACGUGACCAAUGGAUGAAACACCUGGACCGGUCCAUAAGUUCGUGGAAAACCAUGCGAAAAGAACGCCGCGCCCGAUCCGAAUAUCAACCGGAUCCAAGGUUAUCGACCAUCGAAUCAACGGCUUCGACUCCGGUGGCCGAAGACCCGGUGAAGGAUGCGUUGUGGAUACCUGAUAACAAGGCCACAAAGUGUCUGAUGAAUGGGUGCGAGUCGAAAUUCAGUGUUGUGUUGAGAAGACAUCACUGCCGAAAUUGUGGAUGGGUAAGGAUUGGUCGAAAAGUUUGUAGAAAUGAGGGUUUUUAGUUUAUUUUGUAUUGUAAAUACAGAUUUUGAAAAAAAAUUGAGAGUGUACCAGUGGUCACUAGAGGUACCAAGUGUACCAUUUUUUAAUUUUAACUAAAAUUUCACAUUUUCAGCUGAUUUGCCGCCGCUGUGUAGGCUACGCGCCCGUCCGUGCAAAGCAGUACGAGUCGGUGAAGGUGUGCCCGGAGUGUUUCGACCGUUUAUGGCUCGACUUCUUCAAUCUACGCCUUUUCCCCCUCGAAAUGGUCCAAAUCGCCAAACCCACCCUCCUUACCCAAAUGAUGACCAAUCCCGGCCUAGCCGUCCAAAACACCAUCGGCUCGGUCUGGAACUACCCAUCCGUACCAGAAGAGCCGGAAUAUCACCACGAGGAGCUGGUCAAAAUAUUCAGGGCCGAUCCCCUCGACGACAGCAUUCGCAUCAUGUACGAUAACGGCCGGAGAGCGGAACGGCCGAAAGAUCUAUUCAAACCGCCACAAAACCAACAUUUGCGACGAGUGAUGGCACCACUGACCGAACAGGAAAUGGUACUGGUCACAGGACGAGUACUGUUGAGAAAACGAGGCGAAGAAAGCGUGAAAUGGGCAAGGUUUCACCAAAGCUUCUUCCUCAACUUUUACGACGCUGAAUUUGUGAGUUUUGCUUAGGUUCUACGAAAUUUUGGACCGGAAAGUACAAAAUCUUAAAUUUUGGUGAUAACUGCUGUUUAUGAGGUUUUUGGGUCGAAAAAAGAAAAUUCUAAGGAUUUUUGGACCAAAAAAUAAAUUCUGGGAACUUUUGGACCGUAAAAUGAGAUUCUAAAAACUUUUGGACUAAAAAAUAGUUUUUAAAAAAAAUCUUUUAAAUAUUUUUAACGUUUCAUUCCAGGACAAUCAACCGGUCGAAUCGUACCUAAUACUCGGAUUCAGUUUGGAAGUCAAAGAUGCGGAGAACGGAGGCUCAAUAUUCGUACUGGAACAUCAGAACCAGAUCAAAACCGACCGAAAAUCAAUUCAUAUUGAAUUCCGGAUAGAGAACAGCAAAGCGGUCGAUAAAUGGCAGGAAGUCCUCGAACAACACCUACCAAAACCCGACUCUGGUUAA